CUUCUCCCUUUGUUGGUCAGCCUCAUCUCAGCACCCCGAUAUUGGUUUGCUCUGCGGUCUUACCAGCAGGUGACCUUGCCAGCUCUGUCCCCCACUAUGCAGAUGGGCACCAUUGCGCGCUGGGAAAAGAAAGAAGGUGACAAGAUCAGUGAAGGGGAGCUCAUAGCGGAGGUGGAGACAGACAAAGCAACCGUUGGCUUUGAGAGUCUGGAGGAAUGCUACUUGGCUAAGAUCCUGGUGCCAGAAGGAACAAGAGAUGUUCCUAUUGGGGCCAUAAUAUGUAUCACAGUAGAAAAGCCUGAAUAUGUUGAUGCCUUUAAAAAUUAUACUCUGGAUUCUGCAGCGUCUGUCCCCCCUGCAGCCUCAGUGCCUCCUCCUCAAGCUGCAGCUCCCUCACCACCAACUCAGCCUUCUCCUCAGGCUCCUGGCAGCUCUUACCCUCCUCAUAUGCAGGUCACUCUCCCUGCCCUGUCACCUACCAUGACAAUGGGCACAGUGCAGAGAUGGGAGAAGAAAGUCGGGGAGAAACUGAAUGAGGGAGACUUACUGGCAGAAAUUGAGACAGAUAAAGCCACAAUAGGCUUUGAAGUGCAGGAGGAAGGCUACUUGGCAAAAAUCUUGGUGCCUGAAGGAACAAGAGAUGUACCAUUAGGAACAGCUCUCUGCAUCAUUGUGGAGAAAGAGUCUGAUAUUCCAGCCUUUGCUGACUACGAAGCCACUGCGGUAACUGACAUGAAGGCACAAGCUGCUGCUGCUCCUCCUCCUCCUCCACCAGUGGUGACUACUCCUGCUGCCGCUCCUCCUCCCCAGCCUGCUGUUCCUUCCACGCCAGCAGUCCCUGCAGCUGGGCCACCUCCCUCGAAAGGAAGGGUCCUGGUUAGUCCCCUGGCAAAGAAAAUAGCGGCAGAAAAAGGAAUUGAUCUUGCCCAAGUGAAAGGUACUGGACCAGAUGGUAGAAUCACAAAGAAAGAUGUGGAGUCAUUUGUGCCACCAAAGGUUGCUCCAGCUCCAGCACCAGAGGCAGUUCCUGCAGCUGCUGCAGUUGCAGCAGCACCAGUGGGAACCUUCACAGAUAUCCCUAUCAGCAACAUUCGGAGGGUCAUUGCUCAGCGGUUGAUGCAGUCUAAACAAACAAUACCUCACUACUACCUUUCUGUUGAUAUAAACAUGGGAGAAGUACUGGUGCUAAGGAAAGAACUCAAUCAGGAGGUCUCGGAUAACGUUAAGCUUUCUGUCAAUGACUUCAUAAUUAAAGCUUCUGCUUUGGCAUGCUUGAAGGUGCCUGAGGCAAAUUCUUCAUGGAUGGACACAGUUAUUAGGCAAAAUCACGUAGUGGAUAUUAGUGUUGCAGUUAGUACUCCUGCAGGGCUUAUAACCCCUAUUGUGUUUAAUGCACAUAUAAAGGGCCUGGCUUCCAUUAGUAAGGAUGUCGUUUCUUUGGCAACUAAAGCCCGAGAAGGUAAACUUCAGCCCCAUGAAUUCCAGGGCGGUACUUUCACAAUUUCCAAUUUAGGAAUGUAUGGGAUUAAGAAUUUCUCCGCCAUAAUCAAUCCACCUCAAGCCUGCAUCCUUGCAGUUGGUUCCUCAGAGAAAAGGCUAGUGCCAGCUGAUAAUGAGAAAGGAUUUGAUGUGGCCAAUGUGAUGUCCGUUACGCUUAGCUGUGACCAUCGCGUUGUAGAUGGAGCAGUUGGAGCACAAUGGCUUGCUGAAUUCAAGAAUUUCCUUGAAAAGCCAGUAACCAUGCUGCUAUAAUUUAACAAUGCAAGCAAAAUUUUCCUGGGUCACACUAUUUUGUUUUAAACAAGCUAUUUAGACUUUAGUGUUCAGACUUAUUAAAAGAGUUCCUUUUUUAUUUUAAAUAUGUAUUAUAUUGUCUGGUAACGUUAUUACCAGUCUGUACAGAAAAA